UAGGGAGGGGGGCAGCCGGCGGUAGGGGUCAGGGUUACCAGUGAUGGGUAAGGUAUGUAAUAUUGACAUAUUAUGAGAAAGAGUUACUUCAUUUAAUAAGAAAUAUAGAAAAUGGGCAAAAUAAGUGUCAUCAAAACCUUGUUUGGUUCUAUUUGGAUGAAAUAGAGUCCUAAAACUUAGUUACAUGCCCCUUUAAUGUGAUUUCAAUAAUUUAUCCAACUUAGACCCAACCUUACUACCGAACCCGACCCAGUCACUCCUAUUGGAACCCCAAAUUUCGAAGCGGUAAAUCUGAAAAGAAAGAAAAUCUGUGACCGCUUGACAGUUGCCGGAGCACGGGAGCAGUGUCGCCAUUGAAGAGAGAGAAGAUGCCGAAGAGGACGACGCACACCUACUCGAGCGAAGAUGCAAUACCUGACGGCCCUGACUCCGAGCUCUUCGUCUACUACUGCAAGCACUGCAGCUCUCAUGUCCUUAUUACUGUUGCAGAAAUUGCCAAAGAGAAAAACUGACAAGGCAUAUGUGUUGGACAAAAAGAAACAUCUGGCAAGGCUUAACAUCAAUGAAGCAGGAAGGGUUCUUCUAAAGAGAGGAGAAGGGAAGCUGGAAAAGCAGCACAGAAUGAAUUGUUUAGGUUGUGGCCUUUUUGUUUGCUAUAGAGCUGAAGAAGAGCUGGAGCAUGCAUCUUUCAUAUACAUAAUUGAUGGCGCUCUUAGUACUAUUGCCGCUGAAACAAACCCACAGGAUGCUCCUGUGCCGCCAUGCAUAUCACAGUUAGAAGGUGGGCUUGUUCAGGUUGCUAUAGAAGUCGAAGACCGUGCAUCACGUUCAGCAAUUACAAGAGUUAAUGCUGAUGAUGUAAGAGUAGCUGUGGCAGCACCUGCUGCACGUGGAGAAGCAAAUAAUGAGCUCCUGGAAUUCAUGGGAAAGGUUUUGGGUCUUAGGUUGAGCCAGAUGACUCUUCAGAGAGGGUGGAACAAUAAAUCAAAACUCCUCGUGGUUGAAGAUCUUACUGCAAGACAAGUGUAUGAGAAGCUUUUGGAAGCUGUUCAACCAUGAGCAAAUUAGCAUCCCGAUUGAUGUAAGUGUAUGUUAAUGGCAAAUGUACAAGUUACAAUCUAAUUCAGUGCAUUAUUUUGUACGCUUCAAGUACUAGUACAUACUAAGCAGAAAUUUUAGUGUAGUUUUUCUUAGGAAAAAUUUGUAUUAUUAAUCCCAACUUUGGGCUAUUUACUUUUUUUUAAAGGACACUAAAUUUCAUUAAUUAAAGUCAUACGACAUCUAC